GUUUUCCAGCAGCCAGCUGUAAAAGCCGACUCCUCGUCGUCAUCGGUACUCGGACCCGUGUACGACGGCUCCGCAUCGUGGUGGACCCAAGGGCUUGGGCAUGGAAACCCAGAACUGGGCUCUAGGCGCAGCGUACGCCGCAGGCAGGUACGGGCAUGUAAUGUUCGCGCUGGGGGCGCACAAGCCGGCAAUCGAGCUGGCAGGGCUGGUGCGCAGCACACGGCCAACGAGCGUCUGGUGAGAGUCUUCUACUCAGAUAACGGGAGCACAGCCAUGGAGGUCGCCGUUAAGAUGGCGCUUCGUGCCUCCUGCCAACGCUACCCGGUGGAACGCCGGCACCGACGAGGUGGAGAUCCUCGGCUAAAGGGUAGUUAUCACGGCGAUACCAUUGGUACCAUGGACUGCUCGGAGCCGUCCACUUUCAACCAGAAGGUGGAGUGGUAUCGUGGGAGGGGAUACUGGUUCGACUUUCCGCAAGUCAAGAUGGUGCGGGGGUCUUGGACGGUCGUGUUCCCGGACCAGCUGGCGCACGCUGCUCAUGGUAACGAGCGAGAGUCAUUUUCGUCCCUGGCUGACAUAUUCAAUAUUGAGCAUCGAGAACACUCGGGCUUCGGGGCGUCUGUACGCGUAUUUCAUUCAGCAAACUCUGGAAAAUCUCGUCAAGAAGCAAGGUCGGAAGUUUGGCGCGCUGAUAUUAGAGCCACUUGUCUCGGAGCAGGCGGCAUGUUGUUUGUCGACCCCCUUUUCCAGCACAUGCUCAUCAAGACAGUCCGUCAAAAUCCAGAGCUGAUUGAGCCAUCCCUUCCUAUCCCCGGGCCAUCCUCAUCAAAGUCGUGGACUGGCCUGCCUAUCAUUUUCGACGAGGUCUUCACUGGUCUCUACCGCUUUUACCAUUUCAGCCCCUCGACUUUCUUCCCCCAGGCGUCCCGGCCAGACAUCGUCGCCAACGCCAAGCUCCUGACCGGCGGGCUCCUCCCCCUCUCCAUGACGCUCGCGAGCGAGGAUAUCUUCGACGCGUUCAGUUCUAGCCCCGCCAAAGAGCAGGCUCUGCUGCAUGGCCACAGCUACACCGCCCACCCGGUCGGCUGCCACGUGGCGCGCAUGUCGGUCACGAAGAUGAUGGAGAUGGAGCGCGACGGCGCGUGGGACCAAUUCAAGGAGUCUUGGGUUGAUGCGGGACCGGGUGUGGCUACCGUUGAUGCUGCGCCCAGGGUCACGGUCUGGUCCAUCUGGCCGCAAAAUCUACUCACCGCGUUGUCCAACGCGGCAUCCGUUGAGAGCGUCUGGGCACUCGGCACUGUUCUAUCAAUCGUGCUGUGCGAUCACGACAGCCCAGGGUACACCUCCUCAGUCGCUCAAGACUUGCAGAGGAAACUGAGGUCGCCCCUUGCAUCCAAUUCAACAGUAAUUAGGGACAGCGGAAGUGGCUAUAGUGACGACAUAAGAAACUCGCACUUUAGCGUGCAGUCGAGAAUCCUAGGUAAUGUCUUCUAUCUUAUAACGAGCCUAACAUCUAGUAAGGACGAGGUCGAUAAGAUAUGUCAGAUGCUAAGGAGAGCUCUCUUAUAG